AUGUCUAUCCCUAUAUCCACAGAUAUAGCUUCUAGGUACCCCUAUCCUAUCAACGGCGGAGAAUCAGCGAGUCCGAAUCCGGGAUUCCCGGCUCAGGUAUCCCCAUACACCCCUUCGAAUGGGUACUCGCCUGCUUCGGGGGGUGUAGGGGGUCCACUGCGACCUCCUCCAGCGUAUGGUGUCACAGGCGUCCGGAGUCCAUUGGGCUCGGCGUACGGUCCGUCAGGCGCGUCCGCGAGCGGCUUUCCCUCGGCCUUUGGCGGUCCAUCAACGCCAACUACGGGCUCAACAUCCUUCCCUACCCCUUCUUCCUUCCCUUCGGUCCCGAACCGACCAACCCUUCCAAGAUCCAAUGGCGGCACGCCUAUCCAGGUGUCACGCCCCUCGACGCCGGGCUCCUUUCCAGGCCAGAUCAACGCUGUCCCUGGUCCAUCGUCAAUUCCAACGAGCAUCAGGGAGCCAAUGAGGCGGAAACGAAAGUGGGACGCGCAGGGGUACACGAGGGAAGAGCAGGAACAUCUCGAGCAGCGUAGCACUGAACUGCACCUAUCCCUCCUCCUGGACCAGGAAGAAGCGACCAACCCCUCCCCGGCCCGGUUCACAUCCUACGAAGAUAUGGUGAACCGCUUAUUACCCUGGCAUGUCUGGCAGAUACACGACGAAGAGUUGGCGGAUGGAAGUAAGGAGAAUGCACAAGCGGUAGAGGAGCGGGAGAAGGUAGAAGCGGGGAUACUGGUUGGGCGGAUACGGAAGAUCAAUGAGCGGUUUCAGAGCGCAAGGCGGAGAGAGGGAAGUGCAAAUCGCAGAUCCUUCGAUAUGGUCUCCCUGAUCAAUAUGACGAAAGACUCGGCCGAGGAGAUGCGGACCGAGCUCGCCCCGCAUCAGGCCCGACUGCAGGGGCUCGAGUCUGCCUGGAAGGGACAUCAGGAUGCCAUCAGGCGGGCGGAGGCGGAACGGAAGCGCAUCAGGGAUGAGGAAGAGCGGAGGAAGCAAAAGGCGAUUGAUGAUGCGCGGAGAGCCAAGGAGGCUGCCGACGCCAAGGUGGCAAGGGAGGCGAGGGAGGCUGCAGAGAGGAAGGUGGCUGAGGAGCGGAGAGAGGCUGCUGCUGCUGCUGCUGCAAAAGCGGCGGCGGAGAAGGAGAAGGCGAAAGCAGUUACGCCGGCCAAAUCGCCAGCAGCAGAAGCGGCGGGAUCUGGGACGAGGGGGACGCCGAGAGGGCGCGGGAGACCGAGAGGAAGGGGAACCGCGCGAGGCGGGGCACCAUCCCUGCGAGAGACGGUCCUCACUCAACAUUCGACAAGUACGCCUACGUCGCCUGCACCCCUUACGCCCUCGGCCAAGGCUGCAUCUCCAUCCGCACCCUCCACGCCUGCCCCUCUCGCGCCUACUACCCCCGGCGCUGGUCCCUCCAAGCCUUCCACACCCAAUGGCAUCUCCACACCUGGCACGGCUGCAGGCACGCCUCGACCUCCCGGCCCAGCGGGCGUAGCCAACGCCCAGAAACCAGGUCAACCCCCCAUAACCCUCGUCAUGAAGAUCCACGCUAUCCCGCAAUUGAUACGCCUCGGUCUCGUCGCCAUGCCUCGUCCGCCUGUACCGCCAGGCGGUGUACCUCAUCCCCCUCAACCACUGUUCCCAGCGGUCAUCAAGGGACCGGUACCUGGCGCAUCCACGGGGGAUAUCUAUAUCCAAGUACAACUCUCCCUUUGCUCCGCGGCGCAAUUGCAGGGUUUAGCCAAGGCGUUGAAUAUCGCAGUCCCCGAGUCGAAGCAAGGGGCCGGCACGCCCAAUGCCGGAGCCACCGCGCCGGCGGCCGGUAUUGUUCCAAGACCGCCUAUGGCAGGCUCGACCGCCACUCCAGCGUCAGCUGCGGCCCCGAUCGUCCCUGCUCCUGUACCGGCUUCGGCUCCAACGGCGGCUCCUGUACAGGCGGUAUUCGGAUCUGCACCUCCGCCGUCGACAUGA